GUCUACGUCUUCUCGUUUGAGCAUCGCACCAAUGCCCGGACCUGGCCUGAAUGGACCGGAGCCAUGCAGGGCUACGAGGCGGAGUACGUGUUCGGGGCUCCCUUCAAUGAGGCCUUCCAACAGCAGUUCUACAACUUCACGCCUGAAGAACGCAUGCUAAGCGAACAGGUGAUGCGGUUCUGGUCGAACUUCGCUGCCACUGGAUCACCGAAUCAGCACCCUGGCGAGUACCACACACGACAGCGUGACCUCGCCUGGGAGCACUACCAACCGAUGGCACAGCGCCGGAGUCGGCCCAACCCGGUGAACCCGAACCGAGGCGUUGGCGUUGGCGAUGUGCCCGAGUUCGGGACCACCACAGCCACGGGUCGGGCUGACGUCGGUGAAGGCGGCCAGGACUCGAGCCAGACGGUAAACCCGUCGCCGACGGGCUACCGAAGUCUCAGCCCCGUACCGCAACUCGACCCGAGCCGACGUCACAUGGUCUUCGACCUGCCCGGAGGACCACGCAUGGAGCAGAACCUGCGCAGACACGCAUGCACCUUUUGGCACGAACGGAUAACCUACCUGCACAGCCUCCUCUCCGCCAACAGUGAGUCGGCCUUGGGCACCAUCAGUCACUCUCUUGCAUCAACGGCGAAGAGGCGACUUUGUGGGCGACGUCACCUUUUGGGCGAAGAAGAGUUCGGCUUCGAGGGAGCUCAUGGUUUAUAA